AUGACAUCUCCUGUCACAAAAGCUAUGAUAGAGUCCUACGCGCUUAUGGUGUUGGUCAUGGGCACGUUUUUCGUCUAUUUCUGUGGGAUGGUUUGGGCUUUCUGCAACCCGAAAUUGAGCGGAGAAGAAGAAGAAGAGUGUGAGACCGAGAAACGCGCUCAGGAACACGGGGACGACUGGAUCUGCGCCUCAAGUCCUCCGGAAUACAACCGCAGGUGCGCCUGUACGCAUCGACCGGCACCACCGAGCGCCGCGGGUGGACUCACACACUCGACGUCUGUAAAAACGUGGGACGAUACUGACAGUCUUCUCUUAGACUUUCCUGCGAUUUGCCGCGAAGAUCAUGGAGUUCACAACCAAAUUGGAUACAGCCCCUCUUGGAUGGUAUAG